CGGCGGGGAGAAUGCGCGCCGCCCGUGCGCUCCGCCCGCCGCGUCCGGCCGCCCGCAGCCGCCGCGCCCGCACCUGACCAUGGAGUGCGCCCUCCUGCUCGCGUGCGCGCUCCCCGCCGCCCGCGCCGGCCGGCCGGGGGGUCCCGCGGGGCUGCGGCGCGUGGCCAAGGCGCUCCAGCUGUGCUGCCUCUGCUGUGCGUCGGUCGCCGCAGCCCUAGCCGGUGACAGCAGCGGCGGCGGCGGCGGCGGCGGCGGACGGAACGUCGAUUACGUCUUUGUCACGCCGGUAGAAGUGGACUCGGGCGGGUCAUAUAUUUCACAUGACAUUUUGCACAACGGCAGGAAAAAGCGAUCGGCGCAGAGUGCCAGCAGCUCCCUGCAUUACCGAUUUUCAGCAUUUGGACAGGAGCUACAUUUAGAACUUAAGCCCUCGGCGAUUUUGAGCAGUCACUUUAUUGUCCAGGUACUUGGAAAAGAUGGUGCUUCAGAGACUCGGGAACCCACAGUGCAGCGAUGUUUCUAUCAGGGAUUUAUCAGAAAUGACAGCUCCUCCUCCGUCGCUGUGUCUACCUGUGCUGGCUUGUCAGGUCUAAUAAGGACACAAAAAAACGAAUUCCUCAUCUCACCGUUACCUCAGCUGCUGGCCCAGGAACAUAACUACAGCGCACCUGCAGGACACCAUCCCCACGUACUGUACAAAAGGACGGCCGAGGAGAAGGUCCACCGUUGCCAUGGCUACCUGGACUCCAGCGGACGUUCUUCCGGUCACUCCCCAACUCACACUCCCCACACAUCUCGGAGUCAAGAAAGAGAGCAUCACCACCCAAGGUUGCAAAAGCAGCAUUUUUGUGGACGACGCAAGAAAUAUGCCCCUAAGCCUCCCACGGAGGAUACCUAUCUCAGGUUUGAUGAAUAUGGGAGUGCAGGGCGACCCAGAAGAUCAGCUGGAAAAUCACAAAAGGGCCUAAAUGUGGAAACUCUUGUGGUAGCAGACAAGAAAAUGGUGGAAAAGCAUGGCAAGGCAAAUGUCACCACCUACAUUCUCACAGUCAUGAACAUGGUUUCUAGCCUAUUUAAAGAUGGGACCAUUGGAAGUGAUAUAAACAUUGUUGUGGUGAGCCUCAUUCUUCUGGAACAAGAACCUGGAGGAUUAUUGAUCAACCAUCAUGCAGACCAGUCUCUGCAUAGUUUUUGUCAAUGGCAGUCGGCUCUCGUUGGGAAGAAUGGCAAGAGGCACGACCAUGCCAUCCUACUCACAGGAUUUGACAUCUGUUCCUGGAAGAAUGAACCAUGUGACACUCUAGGAUUUGCCCCCAUCAGUGGAAUGUGCAGUAAGUACCGCAGUUGUACCAUCAAUGAGGAUACAGGGCUUGGCCUGGCCUUCACCAUCGCUCAUGAGUCAGGGCACAACUUUGGCAUGAUUCACGAUGGGGAAGGCAAUCCCUGCAGGAAGGCUGAAGGCAAUAUCAUGUCCCCCACACUGACAGGAAACAACGGGGUAUUUUCCUGGUCUUCAUGCAGCCGGCAAUAUCUCAAGAAAUUCCUUAGCACACCUCAGGCUGGGUGCCUGGUGGAUGAGCCCAAGCAAACAGGACAGUAUAAAUAUCCAGACAAACUACCAGGACAGAUUUAUGAUGCUGACACACAGUGCAAGUGGCAAUUUGGAGCAAAAGCCAAGUUAUGCAGCCUUGGUUUUGUGAAGGACAUUUGCAAGUCACUUUGGUGCCAUCGAGUGGGCCACAGGUGUGAGACCAAGUUUAUGCCUGCAGCAGAAGGGACCGUUUGUGGCUUGAGUAUGUGGUGUCGGCAAGGCCAGUGUGUGAAGUUCGGGGAGCUCGGCCCCCGGCCCGUCCACGGCCAGUGGUCCGCCUGGGCCAAGUGGUCCGAGUGUUCGCGGACGUGCGGCGGCGGCGUCAGGUUCCAGGAGAGACACUGCAAUAACCCCAAGCCUCAAUAUGGUGGCAAGUUCUGUCCAGGUUCUAGCCGUAUAUAUCAGCUGUGCAAUGUUAACCCUUGUAAUGAAAAUAGCUUGGAUUUCCGAGCCCAGCAGUGUGCAGAAUAUAACAGCAAACCUUUCCGUGGAUGGUUCUACCAGUGGAAGCCCUAUACAAAAGUGGAAGAGGCAGAUCGAUGUAAACUGUACUGCAAGGCUGAGAACUUUGAAUUUUUUUUUGCAAUGUCCGGCAAAGUGAAAGACGGAACUCCUUGCUCCCCAAACAAACACGAUGUUUGUAUUGAUGGGAUAUGUGAACCAGUGGGAUGUGAUCAUGAACUUGGCUCUAAAGCAGCUUUGGAUGCGUGUGGUGUUUGCCAAGGGGACAAUUCGACUUGCAAGUUUUAUAAAGGCCUGUACCUGAACCAGCAUAAAGCAAAUGAAUAUUAUCCAGUAGUCACCGUUCCAGCGGGGGCCCGAAGCAUCGAGAUCCAGGAGCUACAGCUCUCUUCCAGUUACCUUGCAGUCAGAACUCUGGGGCAGAAGUAUUACCUCACAGGGGGCUGGAGCAUCGACUGGCCUGGGGAGUUCCCUUUUGCUGGGACCGUGUUUGAAUACCAGCGGGCCUUCAACCACCCCGAACGCCUGUAUGCACCAGGACCCACCAAUGAGACACUGGUCUUUGAGGUCCUGAUGCAAGGCAAAAAUCCGGGGAUAGCUUGGAAGUAUGCACUUCCCAAGGUCGCGAAUGGAACUCAGCCAGCCUCAAAAAGGCACAGCCACGCCUGGAGUACAGUGCAGUCCGAAUGCUCCGUCUCCUGUGGUGGAGGUUACAUAAGCAUAAAGGCCAUUUGCUUACGAGAUCAAAACACUCAAGUCAGUUCCUCGUUCUGCAAUGCGAGAACCAAGCCAACAACUGAACCCAAAAUAUGCAAUGCUUUCUCCUGCCCUGCUUACUGGAAGCCAGGCGAAUGGAGUGUGUGCAGCAGGUCGUGUGCGGGGGGCCAGCAGAGCAGAAAGAUCCAGUGUGUCCAGAAGAAGCCCUUCCAGAAGGAGGAAGCAGUGUUGCAUUCUCUCUGCCCAGUGAGCACACCCACUCAGGUUCAAGCCUGCAACAGCCAUGCCUGCCCUCCGGAAUGGAGCCUUGGGCCGUGGUCUCAGUGUUCCAAGACGUGCGGGCGAGGGGUGAGGAAGCGCGACGUCCUGUGCAAAAGCUCCCCAACAGCAGAGGAGGUCCCGGAGGCCCUGUGCUCCAGCAUCCCAAGGCCAGAGUCACAGGAGGGCUGCGUGCUAGGACGAUGCCCCAAGAAUAACCGGCUGCAGUGGGUUGUCUCCUCCUGGAGUGAGUGUUCGAGGACCUGUGGCUUGGGCGUGAGGAAGAGGGAGAUGAAAUGCAGCGAGAAGCCCUUCCAGGGAAAGCUGCUAACUUUCCCCGAGCGAAGGUGCCGCAAUAUUAAGAAGCCAAACCUCGACUUGGAAGAAACCUGCCAGAGAGGGGCUUGUCCCGCCCAUCCUGGGUUCAGCGUGGCGGCUGCGUGGUACUCGUCGCCGUGGCAGCAGUGCACGGUGACCUGUGGAGGGGGUGUCCAGACUCGCCUGGUCCGCUGUGCUCAGCAGGGCCGGCCUUCUUCAAGCUGUCUGCUCCGUCAGAAACCUCCAGUGCUACGAGCCUGUAACACAAACUUCUGCCCAGCUCCUGAAAAGCGAGAGGAUCCAUCCUGUGUGGAUUUCUUCAGCUGGUGUCACCUAGUUCCUCAGCACGGCGUCUGCAACCACAAAUUUUACGGUCAACAGUGCUGCAAGUCAUGCACGAGGAAGAGCUGAUCUCCAUGCCCUCCCUGACACCUGAGGGCCAAGAUCUUACCUCUCGCCUCUGGAGAGACCGGCCACGUUUCACCUCGAAGGCUGGUCACUGCAGGCCACCUGUUUGCUGCUGCAGCAUCUGUGGAGCUGACUCUCAAGAACAGACAGGCUCCCCAUUCACUUCCCCAAAGCACAUGGUACUCCGAAGCACUUGAACGUGGGAAGCGAGGACAAAUCUGACUUGCAAAAGAAAGGACAAAGGAACUUUGAUUUGCACUGUUACACGAAAGAAGUGAUGGAUCACACUGAGCUACGUCACAUUUUAAUUCUGACAAAGUGAGAAUCUGGUCAAUGCUGGGAGAGGUUGCUCCCUUUGAACUUCAGAGGGUUCCACAGCAAGACCUCCGUUUUGCAAAGGUCCUUGAAGACUUCAGGUCAAAGACUGAGGCUUGGAGCAAUCAAGUCUGGAUGGAACACAUUGCCUGUUACCUGGAGCUCACAGUUUGAUUGGCACUGUGGACAGCCCAAGCUCGGAGUCACACAGGAAGCCAAAUGGUGCUCAUAACUGUGCUUGCUGCUGGACUAGCAAGCUUCAUGUUACGUUUAUCUCGUGUGCGUGUGUUGUUUUUAUAAUUUUGUUUAGAGGAUAUUCUGCUUAGAGAGUCUCCAAGACUAAAAUUUACAACUUGAAAAGUAUUCCAAGGAAUAUUCUGAAAACAGGGCAACAUGGACUAUUUAAGAUCUCCAUUUAAUUGAAGUUCACACUCCAAAAAAAAAGCCCACAAACUCACAUAAAAGGCAAAUGUUGAUGUCCUAUGCAGUAUAUCAACCUCAUAACUUUUGGUGCUAGUGGAACAAGUACACGGAAGCCUCUAGUCUGCUCUUUGGGAAUCAGAACUGGAGAGAUUUUCAUUUCUGAUAAAAAUCUAGGAGGAGCUAAAGAGCAAAACAGCAGUGUUUUGAAGGAGAGUAGACCAUCAUUUAUAAGGCUCCCUACAUAAUAUCAGAGCUGCUUGGAAAAUUAAAGACCACUUGUGGUUUUUUUUCUACCAACUGUCAUGUUUAAAUUUUCCCUAAGAUUUAGUUAACAAGAAAAAAGAGUGGCAAUAGAAAACCCCAUCUGUCUUCUUGCUAUGUUAACAUUAAUAAAUCAUAAUAAGCCAAGAUCCUUCAGUGAAUAAGAAUAUUUUAUAAUCUUUCAGAUGAUGUUUUUAGUCACCAGAAGCCAGCUGUUGAUAGGCACUAAUGAGCUUAAAAUUGUUCUCAAUUGGAAAAUACCACACUAUUUUGCCAAAACCAAAGUAACUUACAAGGCUGAGUCCUUCUGUAAGUUUUUGAGAUGUGGUUAAAAAGGGCAUAUUUAUAUAAUUCUACUCUAUUCCUCAAUUUCUUUGAUGAAUGUAACCCAGUUUUACUGCUUUAUAAAGUCUCAAUUCAAACAGGGAUUUGCCAGCUCAGCACAACCAACUAGACAGUGGUUUGUUAAAUUUAGAGCAUCCUUUGUUCCCGUUCUAAUUAAAAUCAUGCGUUCUUGAAUCUCAGAGAAAAAAAAAUGAUUAGCAUAGUCUCUCAAUCCACUUGGCUUGGCCUAGGGUUCUGGCCAUUUUAUCAUCAGAAACACACAGUUCCAUAACACCACCCUUGCCCUCUGAAAAAUUGCAAGUUAUUUGUUUCUUUAUAUAAUGAUCAUUUUAUUAUUUUAUGGAAAAAUUAAUUUAUUAAUAGCCUAUUCUUAUGUGUUCUCACUUGCUUCUCUGAGUAAGUGGUAUUAAUUCUGAGGAAAACUGUUGAAUAAAACAAUGGGUUAUAGAGAAAAGUCGAAAUAUAUGUGUAAUAUUUAAUUAUUUUAUAAGUUUUAUAAUAAAGUGUUCUGUUUCCUUACCUUUGAAAUUUGUUAAGUUCUUGAAUAAAUGAGAAGUCAGUUACUUCCAAGAUCAUUUAACUGUAUAAAUACUGAUUGGGAAACUCAGUAAUUGCUCAAUGAGAAAUCGGGAAGAUAAAGCACUCAUUGGUUUUUCUUGCUUGUGUCUAAGAAAAUUAGAAACCACCAAAAGUUGGGGUGAAAUGGAAGACAUAUUUAGCAUCUUACGGAGAUACAGAGUAUUUUUGCCUGCUGUAAUGCUUUGUCAACAUUUAUGGAAAUGAUCCAGGUUAGAUAAAUCUACCCUAAGUGUAGUUGGUUUUCUCCUUUAUUUUUUUCCAUUUGAACAGCAUUCUGGUGAAAUCCUCUUGCAAAAAAUAGAAAAGGAGGAAGGAAAAACAAAUUAAAAAGCAAUUAUUUCAGGUUUUCCAAAUUUGUAAUCAUCAGACCAAUGGAGAAUAAAAAGUUUGGGCAAAGUCAGUCCAGUUGACCUGAGUAUAUAAUAUUCUUCUCUAUGUGAUAUCUAUCUAUCUAUCUAAUAUAUGAAUAUGUCAUACAUAUGUGAAUGUAUGUGUGUAUAUGUUAUCAUUUAUGCAUGCAAAUCUUUAAAAUAUAUUUAAGAUUUUUAUAUGAAUUAUUGCUAUUUGGCAAACAAAACUGGUUAAGAAUGAAAAACAAUAGAUGGCACAUAAAAUAGAAAAGAGAAGAUAUCCUUGUGACUUUUGGUGAUAAAAUAUUAAUGAAAGCAACCACAUAUUUAUUGUUUAAUGGGUGCCAGGGAGUGUGCCAAGCUCUUUGUAUAUGUUACCUCUUUUAAUCCUCACAAGACUCUAGUUAGAAAGAUACUACUUUUUUCCCUUUGUAGAUGAGGACUCUGGGAUCCAGAGAUAUCACAUAUUUCAUCCAAGGUAGCCAUAAAAGUGAGCUCCAUAAAUAAUAUAAACAUUUCAGUUGUUCAUUUUAGUUAAAAUAGUCACUAAUUGGUUUACAAAAUUCCUAUCUAUAAAAAAAUUUCCUCAGUGAGAAUAGGGGAGCUGUUCAGAGCUCCUCAGGAAUAUUCAGUUUCACAUCACUAAGCUUAAGAUAAAGAAGGAAUUUUCUGUAAGAUGAUUUUUAUCUUUAAUCCUAAGUUACAUUUGUGCAUAGAAAGGAAAAUGGGAUCUAUUUAAAUGUACCUUUCUGGAUAGACAUUGAGAAUAAUGAUGUAAGUGACUUUGGUUCCAAUUGCUCUGUAUAGAGAAGCCAGCAGGAGCCAUAUCCAGAACGUAUCCUCCUUUGCUUCUGCAAAUUCAUGCCUAAUUGCCUUACCCCUGCACACCACCACCAUCCUAUUUGAAUGUUAUGAAGACAUACGUGCUGGGUACAGUUGUUUUCCUAAGCUAUUUUUAGUGAGGGACAUAGUUGAGUUCAUAAUCAGGUCAUUUAAUAACAAGCAAUUUAUAUAAUUGUUAAUUAUUUUAAUGAACGAAGAGGUUCAGAGAUUGUUCCUAGCAUCCUAACUUGGAUGAGAAAGAGGCACUAACGGCUAGGAAAAUGAAACCCUUAGGCCAUGUCUCCCCAAUACUCCUGUUUAUUCCCACCCCCUCUUCCCCUCUUCCCUGCAUCGCCUUGGCCUCCCCAUUCAGGCUGCCUCUGCCCCAUAGAGGUUAGGCCAUCACCUGACGCUACCUAGUGCUGCACCCUAUGCCCAUCCCACACGUUAGAAAAGACAGGAUGAACACUUGGUACUCCUCAGCCUUCCAGCUUACAGCUAAUGGACUUUCUAAACCAAGUGUGCAGUACAGAGGGGCACUUUCACUGUAUAAAGUUAACAGAGCCCUUGAGAGAUGGUCUUUGAAGGUGAACCAGGGCCAGCGGCUCUUCCUGCUGGAGGCGAGGCCCAGACACGUCUCUCCCACUGACUCCCUCUCCUUUCUUUCCUUUUAUGUGGCUGGAGCACAGGAAGGACCAGCAGCCUCCACCCCCCCCUUGUCAGAAGGCCAAGCCAGCUCUACUGUUCCUUAGCGUGCUCCUCUGUUUCGGCAGCCCCAUGUCAUGUACCAUGAGGCUGAAUAUCUCCCCUUCCUUGGAAUGAAGGUUCUUUCUCCCCUGCCCCAUCCUUUUUGAGAGCCAGGUUGGAUCUAGAGUAAGUCUCAGGACAACAGUUUCUAAAUAAUUAGCUGCAUUAACUAUCACUUAGGGAUAUUUUAUACAUUCCUGGGCCCCAUUCCAGAAACAUAAUUAAUUAAUUCUGGGAGUAGGGCCUGGGAAUUUAUAUUUUAAAAGGCAUGCAAGUUUCUCUGAGGAAAAACUCAUUUUGGAAUCACUUGUCUAGGAUAGAUAAAGGAAAGCACCUCGAGUCGGUCUUCCUUGUGUAGGCAAAGGAGUUCCCUUGACACCAUGCCCUCUGCUGCAGCUCCGCAGGGGUCUGAGCUAAACCUGGCCAGUAAUGAAGGGGGCUUUGCCAUCCUGUUGUCAUCCUCUGUGUGGAUUUCACUGGGAGACCCUCAGGGCUGUAAAUAGUGGGUCAAGGAAAAGACUCACAGGCAAGGACCAGUUCCCCGGCCAUCUUUGUCUCAAUUUCUUAUUUCCAACCAUGUCGGUAGUUGACAGCAGGGUUGGAUGGGCAGGCAGUAGAAGAGCCAGAUGGAGGGAAGUUGGCCAUUUCUCUCAGGCAAGCACCCGCAUGCAAGAACUAGUACACUGUAUUGUUUUUUGUUUCUUUGUUUUGUUCUGUUUUGUUUUUUAAGGACACACACUAGAGAAGCCAAUGAAAUCCCCAUUGGAAAGUGGCUUUUGGCAAAUUACUCCAGGUCCUUGUGUGUGCGUGGAGACACCCCAGUGCUUGAAAGAAACAGUUGUGUUCCUGAGAUCCAGAGUCAAGGCAGAAUGAAGGCUUCCAUCCUAUUUCCUGCCAGGACCCUGGGUGCCAAGAGGUGAAUUAAUCACUCGUAUGAAUCAGGCCAACUGUCACUUGCUUACAAAUUGCCAGAAAUGCAUUGGCUGACUCGAGUCAAUGAGAAUUGUAACUUCAGCUUUUGUAUGACAGAAGAAAAAGAAACAAAGCCUUUGAAAAGAUAGGGAAGAGCAGCUAGAAUGAUGUUUUUGGCCGCACUAAAGUAUAAACAAGGUAAUGUCAUGUUCCCUACAAUUGCGCUGUCCUGGGACUCUGAUUUUUCUCAUUCAGUGGCUCAUUUCCUUAAUUUACAGGUUGUUUUUUUUUAAUAUAUUGGCCCCACAUACUUAACAUGAACAUGUCUGUCUAUUUAU